GUAGAGGGCGCAGCUGGGCGAGCUCGGCCUGGAAAGAGCCGGUACGUUCCACCCCCCUCGCCUCCGUUCGCUCUGCCAGGCCGCGGGAAGCGGCGGGUCGCUGAGUCCCAGAGGUCCCGGCCAUGUGGCGAGGUGGCGGGGGCGCUGCGGGGGAACGGCGGCCCAGGUUUUGGCCUAGAGCCAGGGGGCCCAACCUGCCGCCGCCCGCUAUCGAGUUUCCCGAGGAGGGGCCGGAGCCGCAGUACGACGAAUCUGAUGUACCAGAAGAACUUCGAGUUGUGAGUGGUUCAGAAAAACGUUACUUCACUUCUACAAUUGCAAACCAGCUACUGCUUGUUUCUCUGCUAGAACAUCUUUGCCACGUGUAUGCACAAAAUCCUGUUCAAUCAAGAUGUUUGUUCCAAAUAAUCUGUCGGACAUUUACUAGAAUGGGCUUGCUCUCCUCUUUUGCCUUCUGUGAUGAAUUUAGUACUUUAAGAUUGCAACAUAAUAGAGCCAUUACUCAAUUAAUGAAAGCAGCUAAUCAACAAAUUCUUGAGGAGCUUGACAAUGGAGAUUCUCACACAGUCAGUGAAAAAGAAGUUCUCUUUGAAGCACAAACUUCACGCUACUUAAAUGAAUUUGAUGAGAUUGCAAGACUAGGAAAAGGGGGAUAUGGUACAGUGUACAAGGUCAGAAACAAAUUAGAUGGUCAACUCUAUGCAAUUAAAAAAAAUCUUAUUAAGAAAGCAACCAAAAGAGAUUGCAUGAAGGUAUUGCGAGAAGUUAAAGUGUUGGCUGGCCUGCAACAUCCUAAUAUUGUAGGCUAUCACACUGCUUGGAUAGAACAUGUUCAACAAGCAUGUCCAAAAGAUAAGACAGUCCUGAAGUUGCAGUCACUCAAAAAGUCUUCUGACCAAGAGAGUGGCGAAGACCAGUGUCAUAUUCAAAAUAUGGAAAGCAGCAGUUCCAUUAUCUUUGCUGACCUUACCUCAGAAGAAAUUAAAUCCUUUGGAUAUACCUUUCUUGAGAAUCAAGAUAAUAAAUCAGUGCAGCAAAUGGAUAUAACAAAAGAUUUUACCAGUGGAGAUGGUGAAGAAAGAAUAAAAAUGAAUAAAUGUGAACCACUCACUGACUCACAAGAAAGUUGCAUAAAUAGUAGUGCCAAUGGACCAGUUUAUUUUAAAAAUCAUCUAUCACAUGGACUUCAUUCUAAUCUGAAUAAAGAUAGUAUCAUUUCAAGUGAUUCUUGCACUGAAGACGAAUGCUCCCAGAAACACAUGUCUGUGCACAGGCAGUGUGAGAUGGAGUAUUGUCUGAUGCUUCAUAUACAGAUGCAACUGUGUGAAAUCUCCUUGUGGGACUGGAUUGUUGACAGAAACAAAAGAUGUGGCGAGCGAACAGAGGAAUCUUCCAGUUCUUAUCACCUUGUGGAUGUCAGCUGGACAUCAAAAAUUUUUCAAGAGUUACUAGAAGGAGUAUACUAUAUCCACAGCAAAGGAGUCGUACAUCGAGACAUUAAACCCAGAAAUGUCUUUCUAUAUGGAUCAGACCACCAUGUGAAAAUAGGAGAUUUCGGACUAGCUUGCAGAGAUAUUAUACAAGAAAACCCAAACCACCGGUUAAAGACAGAGAAGACAAAUGGCCUAAAACAUACUUCAGGAGUUGGUACUUGUCUGUAUGCUUCACCAGAACAGUUGCAAGGAUCUCACUAUGAUUACAAGUCAGACAUGUACAGUGUGGGUGUAAUUCUUCUAGAACUUUUUCAACCAUUUGGAACAGAAAUGGAAAGAACCAAAAUUUUGACAAGUUUAAGAAAUGGCCAUGUUCCUAGUUCUUUUAGCAGUAAAUGGCCAGUACAAACCAAGUAUGUUAAGUUGCUAACCAGUGAGGUGUCAUCACAGAGACCAACUGCUGCUCAGCUUCUUGAAAGCGAACUGUUUCAUAAUACAGAAAAUGUUAUUUGUAGUCUACAGCAGAAGGUGAUGCAGCAAGAGGAAGAAAUUGAAAAACUUAAGGAGAAAAUAAAAUUGCUUUCAAGAGAAAAAGAGGAUAGAGAAGAAAAGCACAAGAGGCUUGGUUCUCCAGUUUAAGUAAAGCAUCAGUCAGACUGUAUAUACAUGAGUAGCUCAAUAUAACCUAUAAAAUUAUAUAAAGUUUCUUAUAUAAAUAUUUCAAAACAC